AAUUUAUACAAUUCAUAUUUGUUGCAAGCUGAACAUUGUUAAACUGAAUAAAUGUGAUUGGACCGUUAUACCAGUCACUUGUUUUGUCAUUGAGCGACCUCCAGUAAAUAGCUGAUACGUUGUCAUAUCCAGUGCGUCUUGAAAGUAUCAGGAAUAUGACGUAUAAAAAAUGCUUACAUUUUUUCCUCGUAACUUGUGCUCUAUCUUCGCAGGUAGAAUGCCAGCAAGCUGAAGCCGAGGACUACUCUGAUGUCGCUGAAUUAAGGGGUUUGAUAGAUUUCGACCAAGUAGCCAAAUCUUUGAAGAAUAGGGUUGAUAAGGGCCUCGACUCAGCUGCAAAAGUCAUUAACGGAGUGCUAGACGAAAUUAGCAAAUCCUUUGAUCAAGCGAUUACUACCGCCUUCCCUCUACUAAGCAGUAAAGUGAUAGACUUUGGAAAAACGCUUGUUGGGUUGAAAAAACAAAUCGGUGGUCAGAACGUCGAAAUUAACGUCUGUUUAAUUGACGAAGCCUCUAAAAGAAUUGACAAUCUGCCAGACGAUUUGGCAAACCUUAUAGUACAAUGCAAAAGCCAUGUCGCUGCGUCACUGAAAAAUUAUACGGAUGAUAUUAAGACUCAGCUAACAAGGAUAUCCAAUGAAACCUACGUCCUUGUCAAACAGGGUAUUAAAUGCGGAAAAAAUUACAAGUUUGGCUGUAUCACGAACGUUGCUCUCGAAAUCUCAAAAGCCAUCAUCAGAGUUCCUGGAGAAAUCGCGUAUCAAAUAUCCGACAUAACGCAACUGGCAACGUCGUUCAUGAAACAAGCAUACUCAUGUGUAAAAGUAUCUGUGGCAAAAACAAUCAAGAUAGGCAAAAAGUUGGUGAAACAAGUUGAAGAAUGUUCGAAGGAGCACGCUUUUCCCACAGCCACUAUUAGUUAAUAAAUAACAGCGACGUAUUGUCAGUCGUUCUUUCAAUUGUAGGACUCCUCUAUGGCCUCCUUGAUUUUCAUAGCUUUAAACAUUUCCUUGUCAGCGUUCUAUCUAUCUAUCAUUUAUUAUAACAUCCUGAAAUUUUCUACAAUUCAAAAAGGAAACAUAGCCUCACAAUAGCAGAGCGCUGACCCUGAUACCACAGCCUUUCUGAAGUAGAGGAAAGACUAUGGAAAUUGAGGAGGUCAUAAAGGCAUCCUACAAUUUUAGAAACGACUGACGAUACGACCCCUAGUUCCUGUACCUUCCUAAAUCAGCUCACCUCUCAUUAUAAAUAACCCUUCAAAU